UAUUACCAUUAUACCAUGUUAUUAUUUAAUUUUUAGGCAUCGGAAUACAUGGAUUUAAGCAUGUAACAGUCAUCAAUACAUAUGGUCAAAGAGUCACAUAUAGUCAAAGAGUCACGUGACUAAAGUUCAAGUCGCUGUCAAGUUUGCAGGGGAUGGCUUGGACAAAGAAUUACAGAUUUCUUUUAGGCAAAUAUUUUGUACGCCCUUACAGUGCAAAAGAUUCCACGAGGACAUCGGCAUGCAUUUACUGGAUGCAGCAACGACAGCUGACAACGAAAUUCCCCGAGUUUCAGAAUGACCAAAACCUGCAAGGCCAUGAUCAAAUUUAUAAAUUCAGCUUGGAGAAUCCCGAUAGGUUUUGGAGCACACUCGCAAGAUCUCGGUUACAGUGGACUAAGGAUUUUGAUACUGUUAAGGAUUGUGAUAUUAGAAAGGGGCAUAUACGAUGGUUUUUAGGUGGCCAGCUGAAUGCAUCAGUGAAUUGUGUUGAUCGACAUCUUGACAGUCUUGGAGAUUCCACUGCUUUGAUUUGGGAGAAAGACGAACCAGGCACGGAGGAGCAUGUCACAUACAAGCAACUAUCACAAAUGGUGAACAGAAUUGCCAAUAUGCUGAAGAACCAUGGUGUGAAGAAAGGAGACAGAGUUGCCAUCUAUCUGCCAACUUCACCUGUUGCCAUUGCUGCUAUGUUGGCAUGUGCCAGGAUAGGGGCAGUCCACAGUGUAGUGUUUGCUGGAUUCAGUGCCGAGGCUUUGGCCGGCAGAAUCCAGGAUGCUGAUGCUGAGACAGUGAUCACUGCUGAUGAAGGUGUACGUGGGGGUAGAUCAAUUCCACUGAAGAAAACAGUGGAUGAGGCAGUAUCUCAGUGUCCCUCUGUCAAACGAGUAUUUGUGUAUCAACGAACAGGAAAUGGAUCCAUGGGAAAGAAUGACUUCUCGUUGGAUGAUGAAAUGGCUAAGGAGUCGGAUAUUUGUGAGCCAGAGCAAAUGGAGAGUGAAGAUUACUUGUUUAUGUUGUACACCUCAGGGUCUACAGGAAAACCCAAAGGCAUUGCCCACUCCACUGCUGGGUAUCUGUUGUAUGCUUUGAUGACUCAGAAGCAUGUAUUUGACUACAAAGUUGGAGAGAGGUUUGGAUGUGUGGCAGACAUUGGCUGGAUCACCGGACACAGUUAUGUUGUGUAUGGACCACUCCUUAAUGGAGCCACCACAGUACUCUUUGAAAGUACUCCUAUUUACCCAGACGCAGGCAGAUACUGGGAGAUGACAGAGAGGCUGAAGUUAAACCACAUGUACUUAGCCCCCACAGCUCUCCGAAUGAUCCUGAAGGAAGGGGACAAAUUUGUCACCAAGUAUAACAGGUCAUCAUUAAGAAAGCUAGGAUGUGUUGGGGAGCCACUGAACCAUGAAGCAUUUGAAUGGUACCGAGAUGUAGUGGGGGCAGGGAAAUGUGAUGUGGUGGACACCUGGUGGCAGACAGAGACAGGGGGAAUCUGCAUCACACCCCGUCCCUCAGAGGAGGGAGCGCCAAUUUUUCCAGCCAUGCCCAUGAGGCCUUUCUAUGGAAUUGCUCCUGCACUAGUGGACCAGAAUGGAAAAGAGGUCACUGGAAAUGAUGCUAAAGGUGCCCUGUGUAUCAAGUCUGUGUGGCCAGGAAUGGCCCGUACAAUUUAUGGUGACCACAACCGAUUUCUUGACACCUAUUAUAAUCCAUUCCCAGGAUAUUACUUCAGUGGGGAUGGAGCGAGGAGGACAGCUGAUGGUUACUAUCAGAUAACAGGACGAAUGGAUGAUGUUUUGAAUAUUAGUGGGCACAGACUGGGCACAGCUGAAAUUGAGGAUGUACUGGAUGACCAGGAAGAAAUAGCAGAAUCAGCUGUUGUAGGAUAUCCUCAUGAUGUCAAAGGAGAAGGUAUUUAUGCAUUUGUGGUUCUGAAGGGUGAAUCUCACAAGGCUUCUGACGAGUUAGCGGAGGAGAUGAGGGUCAUGGUGAAGACAAGGAUAUCGUCAUUCGCACAGCCUGAUAAAAUUCUAUUCACUCCCGGGCUUCCUAAGACAAGAUCUGGCAAAAUCAUGAGAAGAAUAUUGAGGAAGAUUGCAGCAGAUAAACCUGACGAGCUCGGAGACACGUCCACAUUGUUUGAUCCAUCUAUAGUGGAUGCCAUAGUGAACAAGCAUCAAGCUGUGUACGGAGAGAAGAAGGAAUGAAAGGCAGUCAAUAGUGGAUUUAAUCCAGACUACCUCUCAUUUGAAUUAUUCAGAGGCCUUAAUUAUUUUUUGGAUGAUUU